CAAUAAAAUUAAUUCAAAAUGACGCUAAACAGUAUAUUUCUUUAUAUUUCACAACUUUUAAGUACAAAAAAUAUAAUAAUAAUAAUUAAAUUAAACCGCCUAAAUUUAAGCAAAGCGAAAACUUAAUUAUCGAUCUAUUUUUACCGGAAAGAAAAAUCUAGGGUAGAAUGCCGGCUGUACAUAAUUAGUAAGUAGUAGCCUGACGUAUAAGCAAAAUUUAAAAUAAAACAUCAAACACACGGCUUCCGCGGCCGAAUGAUUUUUUUUACGUCGACUCCCCCUUAUGUCAGGACACAUAAUCGCGGCGAAUUGGAAGGGCAGCAUUUCCAAGCAAGUAGUGGUGGAAAAUGUCGCGUCGCACCCGGAAAAGGGUGCAAUAAACGUCUGGUUCGUUGUAAGUCUGGAGUUGUGCAGUGAAGAGCCGGCCAACACGCAAGUCACUGGAUGCUGGUCCUUUUUUUCCUAACCGUGGUCAACUUUUGAGGGAAUUUAUUUUUGCACAUUCGCUUAAUUUCGCAUAAACCGGGGGGAAAACGGGUAGUUUUUAAUUUCGUGUGUGACGCCGGCCAACAUUUAAUUUCAAUAAAAGUCGCUUAGCUUAGUUUUCGCCGCUUAAAACGUCAAUAACUCCGUUCGCACAACACACAAUAUAAAUCGAGUGUCGCUAAUCGAACGUGGGGGUGCGAUUAGGUGUAAUUAAAUGAUUUUUUGGAUAGAUGGCUGCACCAAUAAAGAGCAGCAAAAAAGUCGGAACUGUUAUACAUAGAACGACAAGUGAGACUUUAAGGUUAGGUGAAUGUGUGUCAGCGGUGUCAGCUGUGUCAGCGGCAUCGAAGAAGAAAUCGCAGACCACGUCGCCGAGCUGCUCCUUCCAGAUAACAGGUGUUAGCCUGACCAGAUACGACCUGGGCGAAGACUCGGCGGAUGAUCUGGACGAGAGCCACACCGACGACAUAUCCAGGGUAACCGACAACGAGACGCCCAGCUUCUCCGAGGACUCGAGGGACACCGACGAGCCGUACCAUCAGCAUCAGCACAAUGGACCAACCAACAACCAGCAGCCCAUCACCAUCAAGCCGACGCAUCCGACGAUCGUGGAGGCGACUGAUGAUAAAUGGCAGGAGGAGCAGGAACAGAACACCAAUGUAGGGCUCGGUAGGUUCAAAGUUGUGAAGAUCGAAAGCGUUGCACCGUUCUCACGCGGACGAUGGACCUGCUUCGAUUAUCUCGACCAGAAAACCGAAAACGUACCUGCACCCACCACUUCCAACUAUUGGGAAAACAACUGCCAACAUCCGUAUAUGUUCCAAGGAAAUUAUUUAGUACAGGACAACAAUCUCGCCAACAAUAUGGAAAACCAAAAAAGAACCAGAAACUCGUAUCCAGCGUCGCCUAAUUUCAUUUCGUCGCCCAGUAUUAGACCAAGUUUCGUGCAUUCGACCAGUAUAGACUGUACGAAUUCUGUUACCGAGUUAAAACAGAAGGAAAUCGAACCAAACAGGAAUGAAACUUGUGCCCUCCAAAAUCAGGUUCCAUCGAAUACGCCACAAACUAACUCCACUCAGAAUAUAAACGAUACAAACAAGGCUUCAGUAUCUUGCACAGCGACCAUCGACACAAAAAUCGAGCAUGCUUUGGAUGUGGUAAAGAACCAUUUGACCCACGCCGUUCGCUUGGAGGUGGAGGAGUUGAAGGUAAAAAUCAACGAACUGGUCGACAGAAUCAGCUACUUGGAAUACGAGAAUGAUCUUCUUCGUGCUAACGUCGCUCCGGACGUCUUGGCCAAUUUAAAGAAUAACGGCAGCGACAAAUAAACAAUGAAAUAAUGCAUAAAUGAGAAUGUUCAUGCAUUUAAAUUAUUUCGUUUUUAUUCUUUAUGACCAAUUUGGUGUGAGUGUAAGAUAAAAGUUGCUAGGUGCUAAAUGAUAAAUUGAUAUGUGAUUGUUUUUUAACUUUAUUGUCUUCAAAUUUAUUAAUUGAUUUUAUUACUGAAAAAGACUUUGUAUCACAGAGGGCCCAAAAUAUACUCUUGUUCUUUGUCAUAUUACCGGAGCGUUCCCCAAUAAUAAGUAAAUGCUUUAAGCACAACACUGACACAAUACUCUUCUGCCAUAUCAUUUUCAAAAACAGGGUAAAAACAAAUCAUGUGACGCGUUAAGUGCGACGGACGUUUUCUGGAUUAAAUUAUUGCUCAACGUUGAUUUGUUGAUCAUAUCUGCACAUUGUAUACGAAUGGGAUGGAACACUUGGAAGGCUGUGAAUAAUGGACGAUGAAACCAGUAAAAGCGUGUCAUAUACAAUCGUGUGAAACAUUGUAAAAACGUAGCAAAACAUUUCGGCUGUGAUUGAUUUGUAGUGUUGUAUAUGACACGAAAAUGUGCAAAAACAGUUUUGUUAUGUUAAACCAAGAAUCGUAAUUUAAUCCCGGAAAUUACCCUCCGUGAUUUGUCUUGUCAAUGGUGGUCGCAUCAACUCAUUUCCCUGAACACUCGACUGAUUGAAGGAUGACAAAAUGCUGCACUAAUAAGCACGAACUCAGCUUCUAGUAGAUAGUUUAUUGAAUGGAGUAGACUUUGGGUCCAUCUGUUUCUCUUAUUCAACCAACAAACAAAAAAAAUAUAAUAAAAUAAAGCGAAAACAAUGGAUAGCAGAACAUGCUUGAAGGAAUGUAAACAUUGUGGCUGUGCUAAAUAAUGAUAGGAGUGUGUGGUUACUUCUUAUUAAUUAUUUUUACUCACUGGAAUCCAGGAAAAAUUUGACACGUCCAAGUAUCUUAUGUCGUUAUUUUUUCUGGGUUAACACUCGGGAUGUCCCAAAGGAAAAAGCACGGAAACACCCCCCGACAGUUCAUUCGUUUUUUUACUGGAAUGUCGCGGAAUCCUCCCCAAGUUUUUCCUUCGGGCGCAAUUAUUAAUGUUAACCGUUAUAAUUAAUAAUUAUUGUUUUUAAAAAUGGCAUUAUAUAUAACGGUUCGGGACACAGUGUAAUAUUGCGUAAGCCGUUUUUAUUUUUUCAUCAAUGGGACUGUUUAACCGACAGGUCGCUUGUAUGUAAUGCCAGAAUGUGAUUAUUAACGAAUUUUUUUAUUGAUCUCAAACUGUUUCAAAUUCAAUAUUUUAGUAUUACAGUAAGUAUUAGUAGUAUAAAAUUUCAAAAUAUUUUUAAUGUUAUAUUUUAGACAUAAGUAUUUUAGCUACGCUUUUUAUUUAUUUAGAACUGUACUGGAUACCAUUUCCCCUUUUUCCCUUCUAGUAACCAGUGCAAUGUUGUUCCUGUUUUACAUAAAUUAUAAAUUAUAACAAUAA